UACGACUACGACUGUCAUUCCGUAGGCCCCGCAGGCUUCGAUUGUUUGCUUCACUGUUUUCCAAUAUUUUAUUUUGGACUCUUGACCGAAUUUGUUGACUCGCUUUAGUUAAAAUAAUUUUGCGUUACCUCAUCGGUGUUAUUUUAUGACGAGUGUUUUUGAAUGGUUGCAUUUUUAGUCGCUUUAUUUUGUACCCCAAAAAAAUAAACCUCGCAAAAUUGUGAAAAAAGUUUAAUACCUUCAUGCUACUUAAAUUACUCAAUUACAUAAAAAAUAGUGUUCGUACUGUUGUAAUUUGAGUGUGAUAAAAUAGCGCGCCAAUGCACGACGUCGCCGGGAAAAUAUCGAUGUGUAAAGUGGACGGGGAGCGUUUUAUUCGGUGGGGCUAUGUUGUUUCUCAGUGCCUUAGCGAUAGGGAUGAUUACUGGCUUGCAGAAUGUCACCACGGAGGUGCCGACGACGGACAGUGACGUAGAGUCGACCACCGACAUGGGGCUUCCGGAGCCGACGAGGCCUUCCGUGGUUAACGACUUCGUGAACGUGACGAUCCAGGAGCGCCCCUCGAUGUGGGACCUAUACUUGAACCACUGCCCCAAGUGGCGUCCUAUCAACCAUGUAUUCUUCCAAGCGGCCAAUGUGUUCUUCUUAUUGUCAUUCCUGGCUCCGCACACCCCCAGCGGGCUGAUCUGGCUGCGGGUGGCGCUGAUCCUGGGCUGCGCGUUCUCGGGGCUGUGGGCGUGGAGUAUAGAGUGCUACUUGGAUGCUGUGGUGUGGAACAGUGUGUUCAUUGCUAUAAACUUUGUGUACUUCUCUGUGCAGUUUUACUUGCUGCGUCCUAUCAAGUUUCAUAAGGAUAUUGAAGCGGUGUACAUAGCGCUGUUCAAGCCGCUGCGCGUGUCGCGCCGGCAGUUCCGACGCGUGCUCAUGUGCAUGAGGAACGUGAGGCAUCUCAAGUGCCACGAGCUGUACGCGCAUGAGAAGGUCACCAAAGUAGACAGCCUCUCGUUGGUGCUAUCGGGCAAGCUCGUGGUGUCCCAGAAUCAACGCGCGCUCCACAUUGUGUUCCCACACCACUUCCUAGACUCGCCGGAGUGGUUCGGCGUUUCGACUGACGAAUUUUUUCAGGUGUCGAUAAUGGCGAUGGAGGAGUCCAGAGUACUAGUGUGGCAUCGCGACAAACUAAAGCUGUCGAUAAUGUCGGAUGCCUUCUUGCAGGCAGUGUUCGACCACAUAUUGGGUCGCGAUGUCGUUCACAAAUUAAUGCAGGUGAGCGAAACGAUGUCAGUGAGUAACGGGCACCUCCCCAACUGUUACGAAGAAGGUGAAGACAAGCCCAUGCUGGUGGUGAAGAAGGCGGGCGACGGGCCCGGCAUCACCGCGCUCCUCAACCGACAGUUGCAAGCCACAGACCCGAACGCCUGGCGCUUAGGACGCAUCGACGAAACAGACCACGAAACGCCAGUUUGAGGGCAAGCACUGCAUCUAACGGUGCGACCUAGAAGACGCGACCGCUAGUGCAUACCAAUACCUUACCCGGGACGUAAGUUCCGUUCGAACUGAAGCUAUUUACUCGUGUUGAGGUAAAUUAGACUUUAUUUUUGGAGGACUAACGUUUGAAAUCGAUUGAGAUUGAGUGGUUGACGACUAUAUUGUUUUAUGAGAGCAUCUAGCGUGCGGUCAAGAAGACGCGACCGCUAAUGCAUACAACACCUUACCCGGAACGCAAGUUCCUCUCGAACUGAAGCUAUUUACUCGUGUUGAGGUAAAUCAGACUUUAUUUUUGGAAGAGUAACGUUUGAAUUCGAUUGAGAUUGAGUGGUCGACUACGAUGUUAUUAUUUUAUGAGAGCAUACUCGUAUAUAUAGCGUGCGGUCAAGAAGACGCGACCGCUAUAAGUGCAUACCUUAUCCGGGACGUAAGAUCCGAACUGAAGCUAUUUACACGUGUUGAGGUAAAUUAGACUGUAUUAUUGGAGGCGUAACGUUUGAAUUCGAUUGAGCUUGAGUGGUUAACGUUUUUUUUUUUAGGAAACGUAAGGAUCCAUUGGCUAAGUUGUAGUAAAAGUACUUUUAUUCGUUACGAUUACAGUUCGAUUCAAUCCUUUUGGCGGUUGGGAAAUGAGCUGAAAGAAUGGAAAUGGCAUGUAUAGUACCAAAGAAUACUAAAUAUAACUACAAAAAGACACUAAACUCACUACCCCCGCCUAUGCAUAGUAGUAUUUUGUAAAGCGUUGUCCUUGUCCCGCUCGGUUUACUUAUAGCGCUGUCUGUGUCAAUAGAUAAUUAAAACUGUUCGCUGGUAUGCAGUGUCAGGGGUGGAAAAGACCGACGGAAAAUAUAUCAGUGAUCCAAAAUUACGUCAUUGGGAAGUGACUUGUUACUAACUUCUCAACUGCCAAUAAGUCUGAAUCUUUCUGUAUGUUUGGUGAACUGAUGAACUGAUUAUAAUAUAAGUAAAAUAAAAUGAUUUCGCAUCUCAAAUUCUUAUUCAUUUUUUUUUCCAUGGAAUAAAAGGUACACUUUAUUUUUGCUGUAUCAAGCAUAAAAAUCUUAAUUCCAAAAUAUAUACCUAUAUUAUUUUGAUUGUUAACUUAGUCAAUGGACGUGACAUGAAGUACGUGAUAUAAAUUAAUAAUAAGUAAAUGUGUCUCAUUUACAAGACCCUUGUUUUUCAUGGAAGUCACCUAUUUUGUUACUUACGGGGAUACAUUUAUAGAAAAAAUACAUAAUAAUAUAAUAUAUUGUGUACUCAUUAAAAAUAAUGCAAGGAAUAAUUAAUCAUAAUAUUGCUGUGUGGAGUUGACUUUGGACUCCGAACGAAUAACAAUAGAACUAUAGAGUGCAACAAAAUAAUCGAACAACUUAUCAGCUUGCUGCGUAAGCGUAGACGUAGCGCGUACCAUUGUGUUGUAAUGAAUGGAACUCUAUGAAAAAUGGCACACCGCUUGCGUAAUGCGUGGACGUAUUGCGUAACCAGGCGUGUUAGGGGUUUACGCGCGUCACUACGUUGGUGUGAAUCGGUCUUAUAUAUUUAUUUAACAUUUAUUUUUUAAAUCCGCAUAGCAAAGAGAAUGGUAGUCCGUCAGUAAAACAUACUAUUAUUUUUAAACCAACAAAACUUUGUUAUAUUUUUUCAAAUUAUUUACACUAUAACGUUAAAACCCAAAAAAAAAUCAUUCUAGAGUCCAAAGUUAAUUUCACUGAAGUUUACAUUUUAUGUGAUUUGGACUGAUAUGUGGUGCUAGUAAAAGAGUGUAUACAAUAUAAUUUGAUAUCCACACUAAAAUGUCAAAAAAGGCAUGUUUUUCAAUUGCUGAAUACCAGUACCUACUAUCACAAUUUUUGUGUGCAGAAAUAUUUAAACACAUUUUACUAGCAACACCUGAUCAAGUCCGCCAUAGACAUUUUAUUUAUUUUCUAAACUAUACUCCCAGUGAGAUUUUUAUGAACACUAAUAUAAAUAUGGACGGUCACAAAGGAACAAAAUAUAUGAAGCAUUAUUUUGUGUAUACGGUUUAUGUAGAUAGAAAAAAAAACUAAUUGUCGAUAAUAAUAAUUAUAUGUACUUUCACAUUCCUGUAUUUUUUCGUACUGAUACAGUUUUUUUUAUUAUUAUAACUAAAAAGUUCAAUAACCUAAUAUAAGUGUAAAAUUUUCCUAAAUCUAAUCCCCUAUAUUUUUUUAUAAUUUAAAAUAUUAAUUUCCUAACUGUAUCGAUACCACGAACAAUUUUGUAAAUCAUACGAAUAACAAUUCAAUAUGGAAACUGUUUUAUUAAUUCAGGUUGUUGUGUCCUAAUGAAGAGAUUUGAAAUAGUGUUUGAGUGUAAUAAGAAUUUUAGGGAAUGAGUGUAUAAGUUCAAUUAAAAGAUGUAUGGAGUUAUUACUAAGCGGUAUUAUCUAAGGGUUAUUGCGGAAUGCACUUGCAAUCAUAAUUGCAUAAUAUUAGGGAUGAUUGAGAUUAACAAAAAUACCUAAAUUAAUUAAUACCUAAAUUACGAAGUUGCAGUUUGGAUUUUUUAUUAGAAUUAAAAUUCGAAAUAAAAGCUAUACUGAGUGUAAGAGUGUUCUGCAAUGUCCCCUGGUGUUGAGUAUUUAAAUGCCAUUAUAAAAACAUAAUUGCUACAUUCCAAAUUACACUUAUCGAUCAUAAAGUUGCCUACAUUCGGACGCACAAAAAAUAUUUAAACAAAAAAGACAAUGAUAAAAACACAUAAAUCUCAAUAAUUUUAACAAUUAUAUCGGUACAAUAAAAAUACGAUACAAUACAUAAUAACUAGUAAGCAAUUAUAAGAUAUAUAGAUAUCGAUAAAAUUAUUUACAGUAAAGUCAGCGAAAAAAUAUGGUUUUAAAGAAAUUAUAUUCCUACUCAUUUUAUCGAUAUAUUAUAUUUUAUUGAAAGUUUAAGAAAAAUAAUAGCUAAAGAGAAGUAAGUUUUUUCUGAAUUUACUAAAAACUGAAAUCAUGCAGCAUGAUGACGAAUUUUAUAGGAAAAUCAUGAAAAUAGUAUCGAUAGACAAUCAAUAAUAUAUCUAAUCGAUAGUGUUGUUUUUGUUUCCGUUUGGUAUAAUUUUUCAAGUAAGUACAUGGUUUUGUAAUAAAGUACAUAAAUGACCAAAAAAUGUACCUUUUGAACAUAAAAAUAAUAAUAUACCUUACCUACAAGAUGUUAAUUAUUAUGCCAAGUUUUUUUAAUGUAAAUCUAGCAUUCCUUUCAUUAUACUUAAUUGAUAUUAAAUUGAUGUUCCUUUUUAGUGGCCUACAUAAUAAUAUUAUUUGAUUCGGAAAAGUUAAUGUUGUUUUUAUUUUGCUUAUUUUUUUAUUGUGAUAUUUUUUACUGUGUAUUUUUUUUGACGUUUAUGUUGAUAUUUUGUUGUAAAUACAUAGGUACAAUGUGGAUGAAAAAGAAAUAAAUGUAUUUUACGAAUUGAGAUUGAGUCUUGACUCCUUUACUCCAAAAAAUCGUUGAUUUGACUAAAAAUGUAUAAUAAAUGCACUGCCAUUGCAAAAUAAUUAUGAAUUAUUGAUUUGUCAUAAAACAUUAUUAAUAAGUAUGUUACUAUAUUAAUGCCUUAAGUGAGCAUCAAAAUAAGGAUCUCGAUGUAAUUAUUAUUUUUGUAAAGUGGCAACAUUAGACUAAAGUCUAAACGUAAUACUAUAAAAUAUCAAAUAGGUGUGCGCUUGAUAUUUUUGCCCAAAAAAGUUAGUUUUAGGUCUUAUUUUAGGUGUACUGGUUGACUGAGAUAAUUUGUGGGAUAGGCUGAUAGGAAAGUGACAGCGACGUUGAAUUCCUUGAUUUUGACGUCAUCUGUCACUCACGCAAACCGCGCCCUGCCUCAUGAGCCGUCUCAGUGAAACAGUAUACCUAUACUAAAUGCUUGUGUUAAUAUUAAUUUACAGGCAGCUGAAAUUACUAUUGAAAAUUAGUCUUAUGUUGCCAACUGUUCAUUUACUAAAGUGUAUUAAUAUUUGUUUUGUUGCCAGUAUGCCAGUUUUACAGAAUUAACCAUUAUUUAUAUUCGCGCGCCUAUAGAUAUGCCAGUGUUCCUAGAAACUUAACGAAACCCUAGUUUGACGGCUAGUUGAGGGUUACAUUACGUUCGCAACUACUUGACAUUUGUGAUUGGCUCGCAGCCACUUCUGAUUGGCCGACACUGUCUCACGAUUGGCUAAAAUGUACAGAUGCAGUGUGAAUGCUAUAAAUUCAACCAAUCACAAACAUUGUUAAUGUAGCAAUUUAUAAGGACAUCUUCCGUGCUGGUUUGCGAAAUGUUGGAUGAAAUGCACUUAAUACUUUUCCAUCUAGAUUGGAACAUACUUGACUUACAUGAAAGACAGUCAAGGUAAAACUUGGCCAUUAAUCGACCUGACCUCAAAACAAAUAUUAUUGCUAAUUGCUUGAAGUAUGGAUUAACACCAGGAGUGUUGGCAGCAAUUCUCCGAAGCAAAGCGUUGGUGUUUAUUGUAUUGUACGAAAUAUCCGUAUAAUGCCGUCCUUUUCCACAUACAACGUUGUGAAAAGGAAGGCACUAUUCAUAGAUCUAGCUAGCAAUUUAAGAUAUCGUACAAUAGAAUUGACAACAUUAUCUAUGGUUUAUUGCUGUUUCCAUGAUCUCGCUCUAUCCACACGCUACCGUGCAAUACCAGGAACCACCAGGGGCAUUUGCCAAAAAAGACCAUACAUCUUUUUUAUUAACUGAUACUUAUCAACAGAUCAUUAUCUAUUAACUUUUGAGAUUUUGUAUCUCGCUAACGUGGAUAGAAUUCGAGCGUCGAAACUCGAAACACUUAGGCAUUAGAGUAAAAUGCAUCUACAAAUAGAGUGUUCAUUAAGUUAUAGUCUGCAUUAGGUUGCGUUUUUCUGUUCUAUUUAGCGAUGUGAUUUAUAAAAGUGGUAACUAGUACUGUAUAAUGCAUUUUGAGAACUCACUCGCCAUUUUGAAUAUGUGUCAACUGUCAUGUCAAAAGUAGUAAGUACGGUUUGUAUGGUUCAAGUUUAAAUCAAACUUGUGACAUGACACUUUUGACACAAGAGUUAAAAUGGCGAAUGAGAUCUCAAAAUAUAUUCGCUAUUAACUGUUAUCGCAUGGUUGGGUGUAGGAUACCUCUUUGGAAUGCCUUACCGAAUUGCCAUUUGUGAUGAUGAUGAUGAUGAUGAUGAGGGUGUGAUGUAAAUUAUGAAUGUGUGGAUUAUAUCAUUGUAGUACAUGUUGAAAUGAAUAGAGAUACAAAGUAAACAACAAAUUGUGUA